CAAAACAUCACACAUGGCACUUGUUACCGGAUUUCAUCCCAGUACUGCAUUUAUUUAAAUUAUCCAAAAUGAAAACCGCCGUGAUCGUUUUAUUGGCAUUGGUUGCCUUUGCCGCUGCCCAAGUUCAUGUCGUGGAUCAUAAUCCGUCAGAAGUCCACGUGGUCGACCGUAAUCCCUACGAAGUACACGUUGUAGAUCGCAAUCCUUCAGAAGUACAUGUUGUCGACCAUAACCCUAGUGAAGUACACGUGGUAGAUCAUGACCCAACGCAAGUGAAUUUUGUGGAUCACAAUCCGUCAGAUGGACUCAACAACCCCGAUGGCUUUGUCGUCGACCAAGGUUUCUACAGGCCAAGCAACCCUCCCAAUGGUGGCUAUGAACAAAUAAGCACUGGCCCGGCAUACGUUGACUUCGGAAACAGGCCGUACGCUGGCAAACACUACGACAACCCCAACCUCCGCGGUGGAAAGUAGAUGACAACUACGCCAAGCUUAUUUCCUAAUUAAGAAAUUCAAAUAAUUAAAUAUUUUUUUACAAUGUUUAAUAAUUCACAAGUUGCAAUACUCCGUUACUUUGUAAUAAAUAAUUAAUACCGUUUACUUAUU